GGUAUAUAUACCUCCUCUGAACGACUUCCAAGUGUUCUAAAAAGCCCGAAUUACAACUCAAUGCUUCAACUGCUCGAAUGGCUCUUCUAUAAACGCUCUACUUGAACAUUUUCUUGGAAACUUGCAACAAGUUAUCACUUAACCAGUGAGUGUUGCAAGUAUCACGAUUAUGUAUCAUAUCGAGAGUGUUAGUAUAGUGAGAGGGGUAACGUUGUGGCAGCUCCUUGCCAUCACUCUGGCUGGUUUCACGAUAUAUUUGAUAUACAACCUUUACUUUCACCCCUUGGCACGGUUUCCGGGGCCUUUCUGGGCACGCGCAUCGCUACUAUGGCGUUUCUGGCAUACAACGCGUGGACACGGACACCGCAGUAUACAGAGAGCGCACGAGAAAUAUGGACCUGUCUUUAGAGUCGCCCCUAAUGAGCUAUCGUUCACAUCCGUUAAAUCAUUGAAGGAUAUCUAUGGCAUUCCGUCGUCUGGUGCAGAGCACCUUAUCAAAAGUGCACUAUACGCGAUUUUCGGGAGCGGCUACAAGGAAGCCUGCAUUCUGUCCGAGCGUGAUCCGGUUAUACACUUGAAGAAGAAAAAGCACUUGGCAGCUGCUUUCUCAGCUAAGGCUCUGUACGACCAGGAAGCCAUUGUGCAAACUUGCCUAGACGGGUUUAUAGACAAACUAGGCCGCGUGAGUAAGGAGAGUCAAGGAAAAGGCCUUAAUAUCGUACACUGGCUUGAGAUGGUCACCUUCGAUCUGCUAGGAGAGAUGGCUUUUGGCGAGGGGUUUGGUUGUAUCGAACGUGAGGAAUACCACAGUUGGAUGGACCUUAUUCUCAAGAACAUGUUCGAGGUUAUGGCAGUGGACAACCUAAGGCGUUUACCACUUGCAGGGAGUCUCGUAGAAUUGCUCCUGCCGUAUCUACUAUCAGACAAGAGAAAAGAACAUUCGAUGUACAGUCGUGAAAAGGUACGGAAACGGCUUGAAGCUGACACGACUCGGCAAGACUUCCUCACGAAUAUUGCCAGUAAGGUUCGAAACGGCGACGUAUCCCAGGAAGAGAUGACGGCACAUGCCUCGACACUAAUUGUUGCUGGAGGUGAAACAUCGGCGACGUGUCUAGCAGCCGCCGUAUACUACCUACUAAAAACACCGGCGGCUCUUGACAAACUCGUCAAUGAGAUACGCUCAUCUUUCCCCUCAUACGAAGCAAUCAACGCCAAAGCAGCCAUGCAACUGCCCUACGUGCGAGCAGUCAUUGACGAAGCCUUGCGCAUCCACCCGCCGGCUUCCUUCGGCGCUCAACGCAUAUCCCCUGGCUGUAACAUAGACGGCUAUUGGGUGCCAAAGGGGUCAGAAGUAUCUACAAGUCCAUUCGCAAUUGCUCACGACGCCAAGUACUUUAAGGAACCUGAGAAAUUUAUACCUGACAGAUGGCUUGAUCCAAAAUACGGCACCGUCAAAGAAGCCAGUCAACCGUUUCUACUCGGAUAUCAUUCUUGCAUCGGCCAGAGUUUUGCAUACCUCGAGAUGACUUUAUGUCUUUGUAAAUUGCUAUAUCGGUACAAUAUGAAGCUCGUCGAUGAGUCUCUCGACUGGGAGGCAUCAUCCAAGUGUUAUAUAAUGUGGUGGAAGGCUCCGAUCAUGGUCCUUUUCCAAGAAGCCGCAAGCGGGUGAGAGAUAAGUGAAGUCAUAUUGUCGGCGCAUGAUUCUCAACUAUAUCUACCUCCUGAUGUAUUUUGAAGGGAUAUCCCACUAAGUAAACCACCUAAUUUAAGAUUGAUGUGCAGUGAUCUACCAAUCUUAUGCGGACACCCACUAUUUUCCCA